UAAAGACCCUUUUGAGUGUUAAAUGGGUUUCUUCUUCUGUUGGGCUCGGCCCAACAAAAUUAGUUCCAAUAACUCGGAACGAGGAGAUAUGACAUCUUUUUCCCACCUUAUAAUCUUGUUACUCACAGAAGCUGAUAAUUUUUUUGUAGUCCUUGCUCGUUUUAACGGCAAUGGCUUCCUCACUCUCUGCGUUGCCUUUUUCUGAUCGAACUUUCCGUAAAAAGCCUUCUUCUUCGAAUUUCUUCCUUAGAGCAAGAGCUGCUGCAAAAGAAGUUCACUUUAACCGUGAUGGCGCUGUCACCAAGAAGCUUCAGGCAGGUGCAGAUAUGGUCGCUAAGCUAUUAGGCGUGACAUUAGGUCCAAAGGGACGAAACAUAGUGUUGCAGAACAAGUACGGACCUCCCAAGAUCGUCAAUGACGGUGAAACUGUUCUUAAAGAGAUUGAAUUGGAGGAUCCUUUAGAGAAUGUUGGCGUGAAACUUGUGAGGCAAGCGGGUGCUAAGACUAAUGACCUUGCGGGUGAUGGUUCCACUACAUCUAUAAUUCUUGCUCAUGGCCUUAUUACUGAAGGUAUUAAGGUGGUUUCUGCUGGAACAAAUCCCAUCCAAGUGGCCCGUGGUAUUGAGAGAACCGCAAAAGCUCUUGUUUUAGAGCUCAGGUCAAUGUCCAGAGAGAUUGAAGAUCAUGAGCUUGCUCAUGUUGCAGCAGUUAGUGCCGGGAAUGACUACGAAGUUGGAAACAUGAUUUCCAAUGCUUUUCAACAAGUAGGAAGGACUGGUGUAGUAACAAUAGAGAAAGGAAAAUACCUAGUGAACAAUCUUGAGAUUGUCGAAGGAAUGCAGUUUAAUCGUGGUUAUUUAUCGCCUUACUUUGUCACUGACCGAAGGAAGAGGGAAGCUGAAUUCCAUGAUUGCAAGCUGCUUUUAGUUGAUAAGAAAAUAACCAAUCCAAAAGACAUGUUCCAGAUAUUGGAUUCUGCUGUUAAAGAGGCCUUUCCAGUUCUUAUAGUUGGCGAAGAUAUUGAGCAAGACGCUCCUGCUCCUGUUAUUAGGAACCAACUAAAAGGUAAUCUGAGCUCCACCCAGAAAGCAGUCGAGGAAAGGGUUUCUCAGAUCAAAAAUCUUAUCCAGAACACCGAGGAGAAUUUUCAGAGGAAGAUCCUCAAUGAAAGAGUAGCCAGAUUAUCUGGUGGAAUUGCAAUAAUCCAGGUAGGUGCACAGACACAAGUUGAGUUGAAGGAUAAACAGCUAAAGGUUGAAGAUGCCCUGAAUGCAACUAAGGUAACUCCAGUCAAAACAUGCGAUUCCCGUGGUUGAGAAAUUGUCAGUCCAAGAAACCUGAUCUCUCAGAAUUUAGUCAGCAAUUGAAGAAGGGAUUGUAGUUGGUGGUGGUUGCGCCCUCUUGCGACUGGCGACAAAAGUGGACAGAAUCAAAGACACCCUUGACAACACA